UUCAUUUUACAGCUUUGCCCAAAUAAACUGUAUUCAAAUGACCAUCUGGGGCUUCAAUCAAAGGACUGCUCUGUUAACCAAGAUACCACUUUAAGGUUAAGACAACUAGAAAGUCAACAAGAUUCAGUACUCUUUGAAGAUCCCGUGUCCCAGUUCUCCUUGCUUGGCAGUGGACAUUUUUCAUCUCGAAACUACAAUCGAAUAAACACAGAUGGUUUCCUUCCAAACAAAAAAGUGCCUUUCCACAAUGGCCAUGUAAUUGAAAGAUGCAAAUCAAGAUUUAAACACAAGUUUCUUCUCAAAGGUGAGACUAAUGAAAUUACCAUCAGCAACGUCUGGUCAAAUAAGAGGAAUUGGAUACGUAAAGAUACCAAUACAAGCAAGGAUUUUUCAAGAGACGAGAGCAACAAGACCAAUAUUGACUUCACAUCGGAGGACAGUGACCUGUCAGAUUAUGAAAAAGGUGAUCACUCUCUCUCAAACUUAAGUAAGCCACUUGAGCUCGGUUUAAUACCCGAGGCAUUUAAUACAUAUGAGUCUGAAAUCAGCGAAUUUUCUUACCCUGAAUUCCUUCCUUCACCCAUGAGCAACUUGGACUUACAAAAUAUUUCCUUGUUGGAAGGUGAUCAGAAAGACCUUGUACAGACACAGCAAGACUGUCCCAUUGGGUCUAUUCUGAUUCGUCUUUUGCAAAUGGAAAAAAUGCAACAAGUGACCAUACAGAAAGAGAAAUCCAAGAUGCCUUGUUCCUGUCCAGGCACUGCUACUAGUACAAGUUUGACCAAACUGACUCACAGACAUAGUAAGUCACAACAAGUAAAAUCACCAUGCAUCCAAACAGGAUGCAAGGCUAAUGGUAUUGGCAUAUAUUGUGCAAAUCUGAAACAUCAGCAUUCAAGUUCCCAACCUCAGUUUUUCUUAAAUGACUAUGGACACUUGGGUAGCUCACUGAUUAAAAGGAAUAACUCAAAGAGACCAAAGACCACAUGCGAGUCUCAGAAAAGUUGGAACAAAAGGCCUCCACUAAAGCAGUCUGCUUUAAACAGGCCUCAGUCAAGUUCUGCUAAUUUCUGCAGAUCACAAAGCCUAUGUGCAUUAAAACCUGUCAGGCCACCAUCUAGGCCAGUAUCUCUACCUCCCUGUUCUAGAAACAGGAAAUUCAGAGCAUCCAAAAAAAUCUCUGGAAGUACCAUUGUAGUACGUAGAAAGUCAUUCCUUUGACAGAAGCACAGCACAUCUGGUUCAGAUGCAACAAAACACUGACUGUCAAAACGUAAUCUAUCAAAGGUGUUGUUUAAGAAAUAUGCAUGAGAUGACCACUGUCAUUUUUUGUUGUUAAUUAAUGCUACUUCAAGCAGCUGUCAUGUUCUGUAUUUUGUAACUUUGGUUUAACCGUAGUUAAAAGUCAAGAAUGGCAAACAUUACAUUAAUUAAUUUAGGUCUUAUAAGAAAAAUAAACAGAAAAUGCUAUAGAUAAUUCAACACCUGAAAAAAUAAUAACUACUAGUUUUACACAGACGACAGUUGUUAGCAUCAACAGUGAAUAGCAGGCAAUAUCAGCCUUGAUAUACCUAUGAAACUGAAUAUUGAUA